CAGCCACACCACCACCUCCUCUUGCCCUCUCCUCAUCAUGGCCAAGGCAGCAGCAGCAUCUGCCGACAAGGCGCCUGUGCGCAAGUCGGCGCGCACCUCCAGCGUCUCCAUCGCCACGCCGCCCAAGGCCGCGCCCUCCAAGGCCAAGGCCGCCUCGCCCAAGGCCUCGCCCAAAGUCUCGCUCAAGGCGGCCGACAAGGCGCUCGACGCAAAGGCAGCACCCAAGAAGUUGCUGCCGUCGCCCAAGGACGCCAAGAAGCUCGGCGACAAGACGGCUGCGGCCGUCGUCGGCACCAAGCGCGCCGCACCCGCCGCGGCCGCGGGCGAGCCGGCGCCGGGCAAGAAGCAGAAGGGCAUCCUCAAGCAGGCCGGCGACAAGGCGGCCAAGAAGAGCCCGCUCGUCUCUGAGGCGCCCGUGGAGUCUGAUGCAGAGGAGGAGGAGGCUGACGACGCAGAUGUGCUCAAGGGCCUCGAGGUCAGCGGCAGCGAGAGCGAGGCGGACUCGUCGGAGGAGGACGCCGACGAGGACGGCGACAGCGACGAGGAGGACGAGGCGGCGAUCAAGAAGGGCCUCGAGAGCAUCGAGAAGCUGAAGAUGCCCAGCUCGAAGGACGACGUCGAGGUCAAGGCGCGGCUGGAUGCCGUCGCGAAGAAGAGAAAGGCUGGACAGGGCGAGGUGCAGCCGUCGGUGCUCUACGUCGGUCGGUUGCCUAAGUCCUUCAUCGAGCCCGCGCUGCGUUCCUACCUGAUGCAGUUUGGCGAUGUCCUGCGGCUGCGCAUCUCUCGGAAUCGGCGCACGGGCGCACCGAAGCACUACGCCUUCGUCGAGUUUGCCGAUGCAGACGUGGCGCGCAUCGUGCGCGAGACGAUGGACAACUACCUCGUCGACGGCAGAUUACUGCAGGUGCGAGAGGUGCCCAAGGAGAAGGUGCACCCUGCCAUGUGGGUCGGCGCGGGACAGAAGUGGCGAAAGGUGCCGGCGGACAGACGGGCACGAGUGCAGCACGACAAGCCAAAGACGGCAGAGCAGCGCUCGCUCGUGGAGAAGAAGCUGCUCGAGCGCCAGGCGAAGCGCAAGGAGGCCAUCAAGAAGGCCGGCAUCGAGUACGACUUUGAGGGCUACACUGCAUGAGGCUUGCUUAUUCCGUCACCUGUCCACGUUCCUCGCGCAUCAUCUCACUACAUACUCUUCAUGCUCUCGCUGCUGCACUCUGCUGUGCCUGUUCUUGGGCAGCACACGAUCUUGCGCGUCUCGCUCGCGCACGCCUCGUGACGCGACCACAUCUUCUGCCUGAGAGAUGUCGUGCGGCAUUGCAGUUGUGUUGUACAAGAGGGGUCGGAGGUCA